AGUAUUUGAUGGCGGUGUUGGGGCGCCGGGCUGGUUUUUCUCUCCGCGGUGCAGGAUGGCAGUGUGUCGGGGAGCGCAGUGAGGAGGAAAGGGUUCGACUUGCUGCGGGCUUUCGGCUUUUCACACACUUUCACCUUGUUGUCGUGGGAGCAGGUCCAAGAUGCCGCGCUCGUUUCUCGUCAAAAAGCAUUUCAACUCCGCCAAGAAGCCGAAUUACAGCGAGCUGGAGUGCCCCACAGCGUUCGUGUCUCAGCAGCUCCUCAAAAGCCUGGUGAUGCCGGUGAUCCCGCAGCCCGAGGUGUUGAGCCCGGUGAUGUACAGUCCGAUCACGAUGUGGACGGCGAGCGACUCUCCGCCGUCACCGCUUCCCACUGACCUCUCGCCCGUGUCGGGAUACCCAUCGCCCAAAGACAGCCACGAGAUCCCGCGGAGCGACGAAGACGAGCAGGAGCAGCCGGCCUCCAUCACAAUCACCACCACCACCAGUACCAGCAGCUCGGAUGUGGCGGAGAAGUUCCGCUGCGCUCUGUGUCACAAGUCGUACUCGACGUACGCGGGCCUGCUCAAGCACAAGCAGCUGCAUUGCGACUCGCACGCGCGCAAGGCCUUCAGCUGCAAGUACUGCGAGAAGGAGUAUGUGAGCCUCGGCGCACUCAAAAUGCACAUACGGACACACACCCUGCCGUGCGUCUGCAAGCUGUGCGGCAAGGCUUUCUCACGCCCGUGGCUGCUCCAAGGACACAUCCGUACUCACACAGGCGAGAAGCCGUUCUCGUGCUCUCACUGCAGCCGUGCCUUCGCAGACAGAUCCAACCUCAGGGCUCACCUGCAGACGCACUCGGACGUGAAGAAGUACCAGUGCAAGAACUGCUCGAAAACCUUCUCCAGAAUGUCUCUCCUGCACAAGCAUGAGGAGUCGGGAUGCUGCGUCGCUCACUGACCCCAGUUCCCAAAAAAAGAACUGCUCUGGGAAAGAAAAAAUUAUGGUGCCUUUUUUUUUUUUUUUUUUAAUUGCAAGAUUUGUCAAUUUCUGCACACAGUAUUCUUAAAUCCAGGGGCGCAUAUGACUGACUGAGUGAGGUGACCUUCAUUCCUUUUUUUUUUUUUUUUUUUUAAAUCAUGUGCUCCGUCAUGUGCUUCCUAUUCCUAAACAGUAUUCUGACUGUUUUUGCUUUGGCUCCCCCCACCCCCACCCCCAAUGUUGACCUUUUUUAAUCCUUCUAUGUACUGUAAAAGCGUUUACUGCUCCGUACUAUCGUAAUCUGAGGCCUGCUCGUACUUGAGCAGGAGCCUCAGCCUGUUAUUAUCCAUUAUUGGAUGCUUAACAAUUAACGGUAUGACAGUUAACUUGUUGGAGCUGUUCUGUUUAAUAGCAGGUGUAUGACGGCUAGACCAAAGAACUCGAGGACCGAAAGCCAUCGUCGGAGAGCGAACAAGUGCAAAGUGUUUCGCGAGCGUCUCGCGAUCAUGUCCUGGCAAUCGGACUCGCGGUGCUUUCCUCUGAGCUUUUUAACUGGUUAUUUUUUUUUAAUACGUAUUUGAAUGUACGCGUGACUGAAAUGAUUGUAUAGCGUUCGUACGUAUGCAUUUAAGUGGAAUGGGUGGGGUUUUUUGUAUCCAUUGUUUUUUAUACACCAUAUGAAUAAAAAAAAGCUUCCUGUUAUUUUUAAA